UUGCCUUUUUAUAUAUUACAAAAAACCCUAAACCGCCCUAUCUGUGCCUUUUUUUUAAAGCAGUUAUGGCAAGCAAAGAGCCCGAUCACGAGCACAGAGAAGACGAAGAAACGCCCGCCGCCGAUGAUGAAGAUACCGGAGCUCAAGUCGCCCCUAUUGUCAAGCUAGAGGAAGUCGAUGUCAGCACCGGAGAGGAAAACGAAGAUGCCAUCCUCGAUCUGAAGUCGAAGCUGUAUCGAUUUGAUAAAGAAGGGAAUCAAUGGAAAGAGAGAGGCGCUGGUACUGUGAAGCUGUUGAAGCACAAAGAGACUGGAAAAGUUCGUCUUGUUAUGAGGCAAUCUAAGAUUCUCAAGAUCUGUGCCAAUCAUCUGGUGUUGCCGACGAUGACGGUUCAGGAACAUGCUGGGAAUGAUAAAUCGUGCUUAUGGCAUGCUGCUGACUUUGCAGAUGGUGAAUUGAAAGACGAACUUUUCUGCAUUCGCUUUGCAUCCGUGGAAAAUUGCAAAGCCUUCAUGGAAAUGUUCCAAGAGGUUGCUGAAUCACAAAAAUCUAUAGAUGAAAACAAAGAUGCAUCUGCUGCUGCGGAGUCGCUUGAGAAGUUGAGUGUUAAAGAAAAGAAAGCUGAGGAAAAAGCUGGAGAGGCUGUUGCUACGAAGGAAGAAAAGGAAACCGAAGUUGAGAAUACAGGAAAACCAGAUAAUGAGAAGAAAGAUGGGGAGCCAGCUUCCUCUACCUGAAAGGAGGUUGGGUUUUGUUUUCCAUGCCAUAGGCUUUUGACGAAUGUGGUGAAAUUAGACGCCUGUUGUCACCUCCCUGGCCAUGUCUGGCAUAUUCCUGCAGGUGAAACUAAAUGGGAGUUUAUGGGUUGGAAUGAUCGAGGUCUUUUGUAUACUUGGGCUUGGGUGGUUGUCGAGUGUUGGUUAAACCCCGAGUCAUAUGUCGGUCACAUUUGCAUGGUUAUAGUU